AUGUCGGACGGCGACCCUCUGGACAGACGUGAGCUGGCAAGAUUAUGGCUGCCUGAAAUCCAACGUUUAAAAGAAGAUCUGCGCACGGUCGGCGUUGAAGCGGAUGAGCAGGACCUCCUGGCCUUCCUGCGUGCCACGAAUUUCGAUCAGCAGAAAGCACGGGCGCGGCUGACAGACACGAUGGCUUGGCGAGACGCUACAAAAGUCAAGGAGAAGUUGCGCUGCAAAGAUUGGUGUGCGGAAGAACUGGCCCUGAGACGAGUUCUUUUGUAUGACUUCAUCGGCCUAGACAAACAUGGCCGCCCGAUCCUGGUAGAGAGGGUGGGGGCUUGGAACGUUCAAGCCGUGCUCGAUGCAACCGAAGACCUGGAGAAGUUCAGCAUCUUGCAUGCCAUGGCCGAUGAGACGUUGCUGGAGAUGGAAAGGCCCAGCCUGAGCAAGGACUCCAGGGGGUUUGUUCUGAUCAUUGACAUGGACGGGCUCAGUGCCUGGCACUUUCACCCACGCUUGAUCUCGGCCUUUGCUGCGGUCAGCCAGAUUGAUGAGGCACACUAUCCAGACACAGUGGCUCAUGUGUUCGUGGUCAAUGCACCAUGGCUCUUCCAGGCAUUGUUCGCCGUGAUCCGCCCGUUCCUGAACGAAGACACGCUCACAAAGAUCCAUUUCAGCUCCGGGGUUCCGGAUGAUAUGUUGUCGCUCCUGGGGGCGGACCAUCUGCCUGUGGAGCUUGGCGGGUCUUGUGCAAAGGUUUUCCCAUACGCGCUGGAUGCUUCACCAUCUAGAGCACAGCAGCUUGAUGCACCCGCGGUUUGCCACUGGAUACUGGCCAGGAUGGACAUGAUGAAUGCCAUUGGCCUAGCUCGACGCCUUGCAUUUCAAGUCUUGACGUGUGGGAUUCGCAUCUUUGAUCUUGCGAGGCAGAUGCAGCCGCAGCUGGGCAUGCAGGCUGCACGCCCAGGGGGCCCAGGACCGGGAAUGAAUCAGGCAAUGCAGGAGGAGCAGAUCAGACAACAGCAGCUGGCCGCGCAGCAGCAGCAGCAACAGCAGCAGCAACAGCAGCAGCAGCGUGAGCGAGAGCAAAUGGAAAUGCAACGACGUGAGCUUAUGCAAAAACAGCUUCAGCAGCAGCGGGAACAAGAGCGCCAGGAGCAGCAGUCGAGGGAGCUGCAGUUCCAGAGGGAGCAGCAGCAAAAAAUGCAAAAGCAGGCGCAGCAAGCGCAGGCGCAGGCGCAAGCGCAGGCGCAGGCGCAAGCCAAAGCGCAGGCCGCCCAAGCGCAGGCGGCGCAAGCCCAAGCACAGCAAGCACAGAUGGAGACUGGGCCGCCGGCAUCGAAGCAAUCUCUACCUCCCUCUGUGACCUCAAAGCCUGAGGGACGCCCCGGCCAGGUUUGGGUGGUCUUGAAGAGCGCCCACUUCACCGAUGUCAUCGUGCGUGCCACACAAGAGGUAACCAGCCCGGAGUUGCGCCGGGUGCUGCCGGGCGAGGUUCUCACACAGCGCGAUGUGACCGAGACGUUGCCGAAUCUUCUUGUGAGGAUGCCGGUCGAGCCAGAUGGUUGGGUCACUGUCCAUGCACGCCACAUCAAUGGCCCGACCUUCUUGUCAGAAGCGCAGAAUGACGGGCCUCCAACCAGAGGCGGUCCCGGCAGAGGUGCCAUGCGAGAGGGUGCCGUGAGAGAGGGUGCCAACCAGACGGUGCCGCCACCUCCUCCACCAUUCCGGGACAAGGUGCCGGAUUACCUCCGGCACUCUUACCAGAAAGAGGACUUGCUGCGCUACAGGAGCCUGGAGCAGGAGGUUCCGGAUGAGAUCCGGGGCUUCCGCGCGAUAGUGGUGCCCAACCUGGGCAGCAAGGCCGGCCGUGAACGAAAGGCUCGUGACCGUGAGAGCCGGGAACAACACGAGGACGAUGAUGGCGAAGGCCACCACUUCGCGAAGUCCCCAGUGCGCCUGCUCGAGCACCAACAAAGGCUCUGCAGCUAUCAACCUGCCAGCUGGCGAGCUGGCAACCUGGCUGGUGAGAUAUCUUUCCACUCGUCGCCUGUCAGGGACAACUUUCUGCUCGAGGUUGUCCUACAAGCAGGUGAGUACAUCAGCUGGGUGUGUACUGUCCAAGAUGGCUACACUGUGGACUUUGUCGUCAAGCUUUCGUCCAGGAGGCCGCAGGAGGUGCGCUGCGUUGACCGACCCCUUCGACUGGUUGGGGUCGACAAAUGCCGAAUGGUCCAAGACCGCGAGCGCGGCGCUGUCUUUCAAGGCUACCUGGACCUGGUGGGCGAUCAUGCUGAGUGUGUGAAGCAAGAUGACAGUGGACCAGUUGCGACGUUACACUUCGAAGUCGACAAUGGUUUCAGUUUCUUCACCGCCAAGGAGGUAAUGCUUCAAGUCUCAAAGCAGAGGGUGCGAGAUUCCGUGACCUCUGCGCCGCCUCCAGAAGUCGCACCAACAGACGCCCGUGCAAAGAAGGAAAAGCCCUUCGAUCCAUCCUCAUCUUCGGCCCCAACGAUAGCCUCGGUUCCGGUCGUGGCCCAAAGUCGGCCUUCGUCUCUUCUGGCGCAACGCUCGGGAGAUCUUCGCUUCGGCCGCUUGCAGGCGCUGUUGAGGGAUGCCAUCCGCCUGUGCCCUGCGGAGGCUGAGGCGGCACAAGAACACCUCCUGGCAGCUCAGGCAAGGCUCCAGGAAUACGCACAGCAAGAGCCGGAGGACAAGAAAACUGGGGAGGACAUCCGCUUGUUGAUGGGCAGAGUCGGUUCGAUAGUGAUCCCUGGCCAGGAGCGCAAGGAGAACUGCCCCACGCAAUAG